AAACUGUCAUAUGAAUACAUUACAAUUUCUUAUUAUACUAUUCCAUACUUUCCAAUUGAGGUCGACGAUGAAUCGCAUUCAUGUGACUAACUCCGAGCCCAAGUAUCAGAGUGGCAAGUGGUCCUGGGAUGACAAGGGAGAUGCCUUGCACUUUGAGCAACAUUUCGAUUUGGAGCAUGCAGACGAGCGUUAUAUGGAUACAAAUGGAUACCAAUUUCUUCGCACCCUCAAUCCGACUGAAGAGGUUAUCUUUCGCAAGAAGUUUGUUCGUCCCCACACCACAUAUGACACGGACACUGUGGUGAUCAAUGAUGUGCGCGAUCUCGUGCUAUUCCUAAUGCCGAAGGAGUUUCUGUCAAAAAAGUUUCUAUCGCUUAUACAUCAGCCGGCGGUGCACAGGCUGAUCCAUUCUCUAAUCAUCUACUUUGAAUACUUUCUGCGCAUGGUUGAGUUUACUCUGAUCCGACGGGACGAGCUAGCGUGCAAAAUGGCCCAAGUACAAAGUGAGCAGACCAAUGAGAUGAAGCGAAUAUUCUCUACCCACUUGCGUCAAUAUCGCAUGCUGGUCGCCAGAAAUUACUGCAUGAUUAUAAGUGGCGAGGGUGAUCUGAAAAAGUUUUACCAUACCAAGGAGAUCGUCAACAUUUCAUCCAAGAUCAAGGAUCGAGCUCUUCACGAGCAGCUCCUGGCUGUGCUGAUUCAGAUCGUUUGGAUCACCAUGCACAGACGGGCUUAUUUUAUCAUCGAGAUGGAAAUGAAUCGACUCUUCCGAUCCGAACACUUUCUAAUGAAUCGCAAAGAGUAUAUUAAGUUCACGCCCGUCGAACGCAGCUUGCUCUUUGGGCGCAAUUAUAAGAUAUUUAACUAUCGCGUGCAGUGCUCGCCAUUGAUUCAGGACCUGAAGCAUGUUGAUCACGAAGACAUGCCCCUACUAUGGAUCGGGGAACGGAAAUAUAGGGGAUCUGAUCAUCGCAUAGCCGAGGUCGAGCUGGAGUAUAUUGUGCCGGGGCCGCAGUUGCAUUUGAUCGAUGUGUCGCACGGGAUUCUCGGCCACCCGAAAAAGUUAUACAACACCAUCCUAUCGUUGGACUGGCCCUCGGUGCGCUAUGCCAACUUCUCAGAGGAAAAUGACCCAUACUACAUAAUACGACAGCCAAAUCUGCGCAUACCCAACAUUAAUGAGAUGCAUGUGCGUAAACUGUCACAGAUCUUUGAGCACAACUUCAAGAUCUUUCGCAUCUACGAGGAGUGCACCCCAAAAAUGUUAAUGAACUGGUCCAAUCGAGAACAAAUACUCGAGGGUUAUCAGGAUGGUAUAAGUCUUCUUGAUAUUGCCAAGCGAUUUGAGCAGCAAUUGGCCGACGAAGAAGGCAAACGCAAGAUAUCAGCCAUUGUUGCCGAUUUCUCCCAGGUCACACACAAAAUGAGGAAAAAGAAAAUAUCAAUUGUUCCAAGCGAUUCGGACGAAAUGGGGGGAACGGACGAACUCCUGUUUGCGAAGGAGGGCGACGACUAUUUCUUCAAGUCGUAGUUUAUUUAUAUAUAUAUUAAGGAUUACGAUUGUGUGUAACUCUCUUUAUUUGUAUUUGUACACUUACGUUCUCUAUUGCAUCAAACAUUAUCAACUGAUUCACUUCAAUUCACUUACGCACUUGCAAAAAAUAAAUAUUUAUUUUUUCUACACAACA